AAAGGUGAGCAUCAGCUGGAGCCUCUGUUUGGUGUCUGCAGCUGCGCACUGCCUCUUCCCCCCUAUCAUGGCGGACUACGACUUCGAUAACUACGACGGCGGCUAUUCUCGUGGAAACUACGGCCGCCGUUCGGACAACAGAGGAUACGGUGGAGGCAGAGGGGGAGGAGGAUACAGACAAGGCGGCAGCGGCGGGGGUUAUGGCGGCGGCGGCCGUGGUGGCGGCGGUGGUCGCUCCGGGGGACCCAACCCUUUUCCCACAGAGGCACCGUACACGGCGUUCGUCGGCAACCUUCCUUUCGAAACGGUUCAAGGAGAUCUGGAUCAAAUCUUCAAGGGUUUAAAAGUAAAAAGCGUCCGUUUAGUGCGGGACAGGGAAACGGACAAGUUCAAAGGCUUCUGCUAUGUGGAAUUUGAGGACGUCGAGUCCUUAAAAGAGGCUCUAACCUACGACGGAGCCCUCUUCGACGACCGUAACCUGCGUGUGGAUGUUGCACAGUCCCGUCAGAAGGACAAGGGCGGAGACCGUGGCAGGGGCGGUCGCGGCGGCGGUUUCGGUCGCGGCGGCGGUGGCCCCCCCAGGGGAGGAGGAUUCUCUUCAUACGGCGGCGGCCAGCAGCAAAGAUAUGGUGGGGGGGAUAGACGAGAUUACGGCAGAGAGGGGGGUGGCCGAGGUGGUUACGACGACAGGCCCGGAGGCAUGGACCGCGGGCAGAGGUACGGCGGCGGCGGGAACUUCCGAGGCGGCCGCGGCGGGGGCAGAGGCCCCGUAGACGAUUUCAGAGAACCUACAGAAGAACUAAGGGAGCCAACUGAAGAGGAGCGGGCGGCGCGACCCAGACUGAAGCUGGCGCCGCGCACCGUGGGCAAACCCGUCAACGCCGUCGCCAAUCCACAGUCGUCGAUCUUCGGUGGCGCCAAGCCCCGGGACGAGCGGGAGUACGAAGAGCGCAGGGAGAAGGAGCGCUCGCGUACGACUAGCGAGAGUAGCCAAAGGAGCGAGUCCUAAACUUCGCUCCACCUUCAACCCCCUUCUAGGGCUAGCUCUGGUCCUGUUUAGAAAUGGCAGUGUACAUGUAGAUAGGGUUCUAGGCUGACGAUAAUAAUAAAUGUACGACAUGCUGUCUUAGUACUACUAGCUUUGGAUUGGAUUUUGUAUAAAAUUCCUCUGAUUGUUUGGGGGGUUCGUGUAUGGAGCUUUCUGAUUCGAUGGGGCUCUGUGUAUAGAGCCUUCUGAUUGGUUGAGGUUCUGUGUACGGAGCCUUGUGAUUAGUUGAGGUUCCGUAUACAACACUAAUGGAUUGUAGCGUCACUGACGAGAUAUACAGAGGAUAGCAAAGAACCUUGGGAGUUUUGUACACAACCGUAACAAAAUAAAUAUAAGCAAAUAUAGAUGGUACAAGCUGUACUGUCCUUCAACCUUCCUCAAUUUUGCCUUCUAACAAUCUCAUGGUCAAGUACAUACAUGCACCAGCGUGGUGCAUAAAGAAUUGCUUAUCAACUUUUUUUUGUUGCUUGGACAUAACAUUUCCCGGUAGACGAAUUUGUGUGUUGUCAUGUUGUUCAUUGCAUAUAUUACUAGUAACUUGUACAGAACAAGGGCAGGUAUAUAUACAAAUGUGCUUGUAUAUUGCGGCCGCCGUGUGUACAACGGUACUUCCACGCAGUCCUAGUGAAUGUCUGGUGUAAUGUGAGUAAUGCCUCUCAGAGACACGUUAUCUGAGAUACUGUAUUUUAAGACAUGUUGUCCAAACUAUAUAGUGCAAGAGUGUUCAUUUUUUUUCCUUACCGGCGAAGGAAAGUAUCCAAAAAAGCCGAGGAAAAAGUCUGACUUAUGUGAGGAAAAAUAGAGGCCAUUUUAGUUAAAAGUUCCAGUGUAUAUCCCGAAGAUUGGUGCCUUAGCACCACGAGUGUUAGGAGACUUUAAAACUGCACAGCCAAGGGGGUUGACUAUGUUUUGUGUGAAGGAGGUCUGUUGAACUUACUUUAGGCAUGACUGUGUACACAUGAGUACACACAACAGCAGUUGAUUGCCAUCCACAGCAUCUGAGUAGCAAAUGACUUGCAGACUCAAUAAAAUUUCCUUUUUU